AAAGAACUACAGCUGAAAGUAGUUACAACAAACAUUUCCGGCUUUCUCAUGGAACGGACCACGGAGCUGUUUAUGAGACAAAGAAGGGGUGCAAGCCUUUAGCUUGCAUGUAGAACCAAUUCCUCUUACUUGGUUAAUAUUGAACCUCUGUUAUCCCCCCCCCCAAACACAUUUGGGUGGAAUGUUUGGCUGAGGCAGAGGAGGAAUUCUUCCCAAAUCAUGGAAUUCCCAGGGCGCUUGCCGAUCGGGGUCACCAGGAUCCUCACGGACACCGAUUGGUCUGAACCCUGGAUUUUAACUCUAGUGUUUUUCCACGUAGUCUGCUUAUUUUUUACUUACCUUUCAUUCCGGCACUACCGUUUACAAAUAGGACUUUUUCUAUGUCUCAUAAUCCUGGUAUUCUGUGCAGAAUACAUAAACGAAGCAGCUGCUGCAAACUGGAGAUUCUUCUCAAAGCACCAGUACUUUGAUUCCCAAGGAAUGUUUAUUUCAUUAGUGUUCUCAGUACCAUUACUCCUAAAUGCCAUCCUCAUAGUGAUUGCUUGGGUUUAUAAAACAGUGAACAUAAUGACAGAACUAAAGACGAUACAGCAGAAAAGGAAAGCAAGGAGAGAAAAUAAGAAAAGUCAAUAAAUGUGUAUCUUUUGUAACUGGUUAUGUUACCAAAUAUUCUGUCACCCAUAUUAACUUGAAGUUGGAAGUUAGGGAUUUUUAUAUUCCUUUAUUACGUUCUUAUUGUUCUAUGAAAAAAAUCAUGUUCCUUUUGAGCCCACUGUGAGAGCAAUUCUUAUAUGGCAUUUCGCUAUAUAUCCUACUUUAUUCUAAACCAGUCAUAAGCCAUCUCAUACGUUUAUUAGAGUUUCUCUAAUGUACUGUUUUAUCAUAGCUUAAUGCAUGAGUUGUUCAAGGUUUUAUGAUAGAUGUUGUGCAUCAAAUAUGCCAAAAUGAACAAGUAAAUCUUAAUAAGUACCAGUUCAUAAAACUGGUUAGCUACAUAAUUGCCACCCAUGAUUAAUUUCCAUUUAGCAACUAUCAUAGCUAUAUAACAGUUUAUACAACAUUUUCAUGGUACAAAGUAAUUAUUGUUGGUACAAACUUCUAAAACAAAAUGAUAAAAUGUUGCAUUGUAACAUGAGGCAAACCCUCAGCCUUCCAUUCUGACAUGUCAACAUCGGAUAUAUAUAUAUAUCUGAUAUGUAUUGCAGAUUAUAAAUCAUGCAGUUUGUGUUGCUAUGCAUGUUUUGUCAUCCUCCCACUUUGUAAAUGCCUAUACUAAGUGUGCUUGGUUGUAAAUUUCUAACAUUUUGUGGGCGUUGUAUUCAAACUUUUAUAUGAGAAGUAUAAUUUAAUAGUGUGGGUUGCUGUGGUUAUCAUAUGAACUUAUUUCUGUUUUUUAAUUAAAUGCUUAAGGGUUCAUUAAGCUCUUACCAUUUUUCAGACCUUUGUAAAUACUUUGGGAUUGCAUUCCUAUAUUUAUGUAGGAGCAAGUUACUGAACUCAGUCUGAAACAGUUUUACUUACUAACAAGUAAGCUUGCGUUCAAAAUUUUUUGAAUAGGAUUGCGCUGUGUGUUUACAAGCUCAGAGUUGUUAUAAUAUAGCAAAUUGCUGUUCAAGAAGCAAGCAAAAUCUAAUACCAGGAAGUCAUGAAAUGUGAGAAGCUCACACAAAUGGAAUCAAAGUCCUGGAUCUGAAGAGGAUAUAGAGAUUAAAAUAGAAUUAAUGUAAACUUGGUGCUAGUGAUACCACCAGAUUCAAUCCUGUGUUAGAAUGUUGAAAAAGGAAUGUUCAGUCCUGCUUCGGACAAAAUGGUAACAAAAGGUUUACCCCAAACCGGGGGGAGGGAGAAGGUUGAAAUAUUUGUAGAAGAAGAAACACAACGGCCUGAUUACUCUCUUAGCUUUGAUCCUAUAAUCCUAAAAUGUAGUUUGAUUUUUUUUAAUAUUUGCAAGGUUCUAGCAAACUUGUAUGCCUUAACAAAAUAAUAAUAUCCAAAAUAGGAGAAAGGGGUGUAAUUAGGAAGGCAGGGGGAAAAAAAGUGUCAGGUAUUAUUUUCGUGUGUGUAUGUGUGAAGGCAUCUUCAUAUCCAUCCAUUUGAACUGGAAAACAGUUCAUAGAGGCAAGCUGAAACUAGCUGAGACUUUGGAGUAGGUGUCUUCUCUCUGUCCUACAAUCUGAUGGGGCUGUAAACUUCCGUUUUCCAAUUCUGAAAGAUUGCUGUGAGGGAAGGUAUGUUUCUCAUAUUGCUUAUAGUAUUUAAAAAAAGUGGGAGUUUUGCCACCUGUUCACAAAAUCAUUUUAAACACGGCAGUUUGGAUUCAAAGUCAGAGAAUCAGAAGGAUUUCUUCUAUUCCUGAAAUUGUUUUCAAUGUUUAUUAAAUACAACUUCCAGUUCAGUUAAGUGAAGCUAAUUCUUUAGAUUUUUAACUUUAGAAGGUAAAGAUUUAUUAAAGAACAUGGUAUGUAAUGUUCAGUUAGAGUUAAAAGCUUUCAGAAAGAAGGCAAGAUAACUGAAAAAUUUUAUGCAGUACAAGGUUAUAUAGUUCUCAACUUACGACCACAAUUGAGCCCAAAAUGUCUGUUGUUAAGUGAGACAUUUGUUAAGUUAUCCCCCCCCCCAUUUUACAACUUUUCCUGUCACAGUUGUUCAGUGAAUCAUUGCAAUUGUUCAGUUAGUAACAUGGUUAUUAAGUGAAUCUGGCUUGCCCGUUGAUUUUGCUUGUCAGAAGAUCUCAAAAGGUGAUCACAUAACCCUGGGACACUGCAACCAUCGUAAAUAUGAGUUGGUUGCUAAGCAUCUGAAUUUUGAUCAUGUGACUAUGGGAAUGCUGCAACGUUUGUAAGUGUGAAAAACAGUCGUAAGUCAUUUUUUUUCAAUGCCUUUGUAACUUCACUAAACGAAUCCUUGUAAGUUAAAGACUACCUGUAUGAAAAACUCUUGACACUCUGAGAGUGAGAUGGGUGCUGUCUAAAUUUUAUAAAUAAAGGGGGUAAUAUUUUAGUAAUAGAGAAGACAAAUGCAGAUGUUUCUAGAACUGUCAUCCCAGGAAGGACUGCAGAUUACCCCUCUCACAAGAAAAGACUAUUAAAAUGGAAUUCUGACAUUUGAGAAGUUUGAAGUCAAAGUUAAAUCAUCCAAAUGUUUGUAUUUUCUGCUAUCUGUUUUUUUCAAAUGUUAUAACUCGAUGUAAAUACAGUGCAAUCCAUGGAACAAAAAUUCACUCCUUGCUGGAGCACAAUGCAUUGCAUGCAAUUUGCCACCAGGUGCUGCUGUUUCACAGAUUUUGGGGGAUCCCGGAACUAUGUUAAGCAGGGCCAUCUGAAGAGACCAAAGCACAGGGGAACCUCUCCUCUUUUAUGCUGCUUUUCGAGAUAGUAGCCACCCAAGCAGGAAAAUGUGGCAACAUCACACAGUAGAAUACAAACACCAAAAAGGAGGGAUUUUGCCUCCACACAAAUUACCAGAUUACUAAAACUAAGGAAUCCAAUCCAACGGAAGGAUGAUAGUGAUGUGGUCUGCAGCAACUGACCGCAACUGCUUCCAAUCCAGGCAGAGAAUUCCCCAAAGACAGAUUUUACGUGAAUGUUUUGUCUUGAUUGGC